UCAUUCUAUAGAAUUCGUCCUUUAGAAUUUUAUUUCGGGUGAAAACACAAUGGCGACUGUUCGUGACGAGGGAUAUUCCCCUCAGUCGCUUAACUGUCGCGCUUGUCACAAAGUUUUCACCGAACCGAAAAUCCUAGACUGCCUACACACCUUUUGCCAAAAGUGUCUUGGGACCCACGACAUCCUAGGCGCGGGAACAAAUUCCAUUGUUUGCCCUCUAUGUAGGAAACCAACUCCGAUCCCCGAAUCCGGUGUAGAGUCACUACCCAGUAACUUCCUCUUGAAUAAUGCGCUUGAUCAACUCUCAGUGAAGUCAAGCAAGGAGUACAUCCUACACUGCACGAAUUGCGAGGAUGCGUCCGAUGCCACGUCCAGAUGCCUUGACUGCGCUGAGUUCCUCUGCACUAACUGUGUUCACGCACACAGAAGAAUCCGUGUGACCAAGGACCACAGGAUCCUGUCUUUGGAUACGCUGCAGGCGGACAGAAAGACACUCCACCGCCCUUCCUUCUGUAUGCAACACAAAGAUGAGAUGUUCAUGUUUUACUGUCUGGAGUGCGAGGGCCUUAUCUGCCGUGAGUGCACUAUUCUUGAUCAUCGCGGUCACAAAUACGCCGGCCUAAAAGACGCUCUUGAAGGCCGUAAGAUCCUGAUAGACGACCUCCUCGGCUUCUGCACCGUGAAGAAGAUCCCUCCUGUACAAGACGCGGUCUACGAGGUAAAGGCCAUGACGGCUAAGCUACGAGCACGCGCAGAUGCAGUGAAAAAUGACAUCAGCUCGGCCGCUGACGAAUGCGUCAAGCGCAUACUCGCGCGCAAGCAGGAACUGCUGACCCAGGUGGAUAACAUGACUCAGUCGAAAGAGGGUGUACUGCAGGCUCAGCAAGAGCAGUUGGAGAUGGAGCUUUUCAGGUAUACCAGCUCUAGAGAUUUCGUGGAAAAUGUGCUGCUACAUGGAAACGAGGUCGAGAUUAUCCAGCUCCGUCAGCUGAUGACCAACCGGCUUAACGAGCUAAACGGGGUCAAACUUGACUACAAGGAGCCUGAGGAGAAUGACGUCAUUGACUACAUCCUGGACUCCGAGGCAGUGCAGAAAGUUGCCAUGACAUUAGGUCACGUGACUACUUCACAGACAUUUGCUUCGCUUUGCAUUGCUAAGGGUCUUGGAGUGAUGUCGGGUAAAGUGGGCGUGGAGUCAUUCUUCACCAUCGAGACCAAAGAUAGAUUCGGGAACACCACGUUUGAGGGCGAUCACUGCACACCGAUCCAGGUCAUAAUCCAAGCACCAGAGGGCUUCUUCCUUGGUAAUCACGUGGCCAACAAGCGAGAUGGGACCCUACUAGUGCGCUACACGCCCGUGACACGUGGCAAGCACGUGAUUGUAGUGUCGAUAAGAGGGCGACAGAUAGAGGGCAGUCCAUUCACCGUGAAGGUCGUGGAGGGAAUCGACUACAAGAAUGUCAUGGCUGUCUUUAUGAAGAUAGGCUCGCAGGGCACCAAGAGCGGAGAGUUCCGCCAGCCAAGCUCAGUCGCCACAGACACAGACGGGAACAUCUAUGUGACCGACUUCGUCAACUGCCGCGUCCAGAAAUUCGACAUGUUCGGCAAACACCUCAAAGAUAUUGGAACCAAGGGGAGUAAGGACGGCCAGCUCAUGAACCCGUGCGGGGUGGUGGUGGGGAGUGAUGGUACCCUGAUCGUGUCAGACUGGGAUAACCAUAGAGUCCAGAUGUUUAGUCCUGAGGGAAAAUUCGUCAGCAAGAUAGGAAGGAAAGGUUCGGAGAAUGGCAAUUUCUUGCAUCCAAGUGGAUUGGCGCUGAACCAAGAUGGCGACCUCGUCGUCAUUGACAAAGAUAACAACAGAGUACAAGUCCUUAAACUUGACGGCUCUCACGUCCUGUCAUUCGGUUCUCUUGGCAACGCUGACGGCCAGCUUGACUGCCCAAGUCACGUGGCUGUCACUCCAGACAACGGUUACCUAGUAACCGACACGGGGAACAACAGGAUCGUGAAGUUCGACGCUAGCGGGAAUCACGUGAUGAGUUUUGGCACCAAGGGGAGUGGGGAGGGGAGGCUUGACCGUCCCGCGGGCAUUGCUAUUGAUCCCGAGGGAUUUAUUAUCAUAAGUGAUUUUCAGAAUCAUCGAGUGCAGGUGUAUUCCCCGGAAGGCGAGUUUUACGCGACGUUUGGAAGUGAGGGGAAUAUAGAAGGACAAUUUAAGUUCCCGUCAGGUAUAGCGCUGACGCUGGACGGUCACGUGAUCGUGGCUGAUAGACAUAAUCAUCGAAUUCAGGUAUUUUAAGACCAUAUUUGGCGAGUCACGUGCUCACAUCUUUGUUUUGCCUAGAGUAAGAAUAUACUAGAAUAUUAUACAUAAAAAUAUUCGAUGGAAAUUCGCUUAUUUAAAAAUAAGAUAAAUAAUGUGUUCAUCA